AAGAAUUGCGACGACAAGCUCGGAAUACUGCAUCAAACCAGGUAGUAAAGAGAUAUUCUGAAGAGAGAUGGCKGAGGAAUCAUCAUCAUCAUCAUCGGCAGGGGAAGCCAUUAGGGAAGCGGCACUUUCUGCAGAAAAUGCAGUCGAAAAGUGCACUGCUAAUGUUGCUAUCGAAGUGCCCCCUGCAGCAAAUGCAGCUGAAGGAGCACCUGCUGCCRAUGUAUCGGCAGGAGAAAAAAGAAAWCUAGACGAAGGGGAUGGGGAAGAUGUGGUCGACACACCAUCGACCAGUAUUAAAGAGGUGAGSACUGAUGACGCCCCCGAGAACAAACCGAAAAAAGCAAAGAUCAGUAUGCCCCCUCCGGUCUCCUCUUCCCUAACGGACGUAGAAAAAUACACCCUUGAAUGCCCACCGCCCUCCGACAAUACCAACGAGGCAGACGCCAAAACCAAAAUCACAACCCCAAAUUUGAUGCUCUUUGGAUUGCAUCCUCUCAUCCAAGAAUUGCCACUACAAAAGUUUCUUGAAGACUAUGGGAAGGUCCUAGCGAUUACAGUACGCUCUGCAUUUGCCUCUCGUUAUGGGCAUGUUACAUUUGAAACGGUGGAAGAAGCCCGAAAAUGUUAUACAUCGAUAMACGGCGCCAAACURCUGCACAAGGCCUUUUUGGUACAGCCGUCCAUGGCAUCGGCGGCGCCAAAAGCCUCGACCUCGAUGGAUUCAAAAUCUAAGGAAAGCAAAGAUACCGAAACUACCGAAGUUAACACUAUAUCGACCGACUCKGCGGGAGCCGCUGCUGCAACAGCGGCUGCUACUGCCACCGCAACGACUCCCACUUAAAAAUUUCUARAAAAACACAAGUUCUGUACAUGUAGCAUCUGUUUACWACCAUUUACUGUAGAGAGUGAAAUUAAUUGACACGACCUUU